AUGAACCGGCGAUGUCGCUUCCAUUUUCAUUUGAUUCUGAAUUCCAUAUUGCAGAAGAUGAAGCUGUUCGUCUUUCUUGUCUGCACCGCCGUGUUCUGCGUGAGAGUCUUGGAGGCGCAGCCACUACAUCGAUCUGACGACUCCCAUCUGAUGGUGAAAAGACCUGAGAGAGAUGGUAGCCGCUACGGACGUCUAGUCGACGACUCCCCUCUGAUGGUGAAAAGACCUGAGAGAGAUGGUAGCCGCUACGGACGUCUAGUCGACGACUCCCCUCUGAUGGUGAAAAGACCUGAGAGAGAUGGUAGCCGCUACGGACGUCUAGUCGACGACUCCCCUCUGAUGGUGAGAAGACCUGAGAGAUAUGACGGCAGCUACGGACGUCUAGUCGACGACUCCCAUAUGAUGGUGAGAAAACCUAGGAGAGGUCAUGUCAGGAACUACUAUUAA